AUGUGUGAAAUUGAAGAUGAAACUCUUAUGCAUGUUUUAUGGGAGUGUCAUUCAGCAAAUGAUAUUUGGGGAAGUGAGAAAAACUGUGUUCAAAAGUGGGGCAAAUAUGAAACUGACUUUUUGUUGCUGUGGGAGAAGUGUAUUACCUCUCUUGACAAGAGCCAACUGGAGGAACUAGCAAUGACUCUUAGGAAGGUUUGGUUGAGGAGAAAUAGAAUGGUGUUUGAAAAUAGAAUGGAAUGUCCUAUGAGUUUAUUAUUUGCUAAGGCUAUUGUAAGAGACUACCAAGCAGUGAGGAAUUCUAAUAAAUCAGACAAACAAGUGCAAAAUAGAAUUGAUAAUAAUCAGAGGUGGGAAAAAUCAGAAAAAAGAUACGUUAAAGUGAAUUGGGAUGCUUCUUUGGAUCAGAAAAAGAGGAGAAUGGAUAUUGGCAUCAUUGUUAGAGAUGAGGAAGGGAAGGUUGUAGCAACUGUUUUUAAUCAGAAAGAAAAUGUUGAAGAGGCAGUUGUGGCAGAAGGCUAUGCACUGAGGGCUGCAAUAGAAUUAUGUAGUACUCUUAAUAUUCAAAAAGCAAACUUUGAAGGGGAUGCAAAGGAGAUCAUCAUGGCAGUGUGCAAUGAAGAAGAAAUGCUUACUUCUUAUGGUUUCUUAGUAGAAGAUGUUAGGUUUUAG